AUGGCCUCACCGACUAACCGCCGCUCGCAGAUCAAAAUGUGGUCCAAAGGACCCUUCAGUCGAUCGCGACGUCCGAUUGGGAACCCCACACCGGCCAUGACAUCGGACAUCUCGGCCUCGGCGGAUCCUGCGCCGCUCGACAAGUGCGCAAAGGACCUGCCGGCCCUGCCAAAUGCGUCAAGCGUCUUGUUGCCUCAGCCAGCCACGUCUUUGUCACCGUCGCAAGAGGAGGGUGCAGAAGACAAGAGACAUUCGGCCGUCUCGCCAGUAGGAUCGCCAGCCCCCCGCGAUAGUGGCAGCAGCUUCUGCGUGUCGCCGAUCGAAGAGUCAGAGCAACCGUUCCGACACGAGGACAAGCGCAGCGACUACCGGGCCUCCGCCAAUGUUCCCCUCCCGCAGACCGACUCGACCGAUGCCCUUCCCUCGGCCCCGAACACCUCGCAGGCUGCACCGAAAACCGUUCAAUUUGCGCCGCACUCUGACCAGAGCGUGCCUGUCCGCUGGGACGAUUACUCGGGCGAGCCGACCACCAACAAUACCGGGAAAGCAAGCCAAGUAAACUCGCGCAAUACUACCUUCCACAAGUCGUCGGGGUCGCACGCGUCCAAUUUCCUGCUCGGGGUUCGCGAACAACUUCAAACCAAGAAGAAGCUUGCUCAGGCUCGUAAUCGAAUCAGCAGUUUUUCGAAGAGCGAACCCCCCGUCCAGAAGGAAACAAGAGGCAGAUCACCGUCACGUGUGCUUCCAUCCAUAGAGUAUUCCGGUAACGGCGCUAGCACGAGAGACGCGAGCCCCAAGUUCAACAACAAUCUGGGAUUCGUGCCAACGACCGUGACGACGAUCACCGCUGGUGGUCUUCCGAAGGCGUUGCCAGAGAGACAAGUCACGGAGUAUGCAUACUCAGGUACUCGCCGUGAGCAGUCGAAACAACGAGAACUUCCAGCACAGCGUGAGCAGCCAGAAAUCAAGCUCGACCUCACCCUAGACCACACCAUGCCACCCUUCGAGCCAGCUGCUCGCUUCGACGCAGUUCAACCUGCAAUGUCAGCGAACGGCCCAAACCAUAGCCCGAAUGACAGCCCUCGCGAAAGCUUUCAUCUCGGCUCGAAGUCUACGGAUGACCUUCCCUCAGUUAUGUCGCGACGACGGCCAAUCCCUAUUAGCAUGCCUGGCGUGCCGAUUUCGAAGAAACCAGCACGGAAGCCCACUCCCGCGGAGGUGACCCAGGAGCCGCCAUUGACUGUUCAGAACGCACCGGAGGAGCAGCCCAAGGAUCCAGUGAGCCGCAUCGAGUCUCUUGAUUCAAAGCGGACCGAGCUUGGGAAGCGCAGGAAUAACCUGGAAACUGUCAUUCAUGAAUUAACGCGGGUGAUCCAGCCCAGCUCAUUCGCAUAUGACAUGGCUGUCAAGGCCGAGGUUAAGAAGAGCGUGCAGAGCAUUGAAAAUGAGAUUGCGGAAAUCAAGCGAGAGGAGCACGAGCUUGGGUUGAAAAUUGCCCGGGCGUGGAGACGGUUGGAUGAGAAGGAGAAUAAUGGCGAUGGCAGUAAUCUUUGGAUCAAGCGAGUCACAAGCUAA